ACAUGUACUCAAGUGUCGAGACUCUAGCAUCUAUCUAUAUAUAAGGAACCCUCCACAACUUUCACUCCCACCAAACACAUCCUUAUUAAGAUCAUUUUAAAAGAUCAAAAAACAAAGAGUUGGAAGGAAGAAUAGAAGAUGAGCUCAGGAAGCAAAGCUUGGGUUGUGGCAGCCAGUAUUGGGGUGGUGGAGGCACUGAAAGACCAAGGAUUCUGCAGGUGGAAUCACACAAUAAGAUCAGCACACCAACAUGCCAAGAAUCAGCUCAGGUCUGUUCCUCAGGCCAAGAAGCUCCCACCUUCUACAUCUUCUGCAAUGGUUUCUAGCAGUGUGAGAGAUAAGAAGGUGAAGCAAUCAGAGGAGUCUCUAAGAACAGUCAUGUAUUUGAGCUGUUGGGGUCCAAACUGAGCUGAAUUGUAGAUGAUUUAGAUCAUACAUGUACAGCUACUAGCUCUAACCUUGUAUAUGGAUCCUUCAAUUUAAUUAUUAUUAGUGUCAAAUAAC